GGAUACAGUGCGGCCCUAGUGGAGGCCGCGGCGCCGCCCUCCAGUCCUGAAGAACCCGCGCUGCGCAGAGCCCGCGCCGCCGUCACCUCGGCACCGACACUAAGCAACCCAGCUAGCUUGGCUUGAUCUAGCCCAUUUUUGGCAGGUAGCGCUGCACUAGUCCCACUGGCACAAGAAGCUCCCUUCCCAAAGGACAUGAAGCUAUUGGAGAACUCCAGCUUUGAGGCCAUCAACUCACAGUUGACAGUGGAGACUGGAGAUGCCCAUAUUAUUGGCAGCAUGUUUCAUGGCCCUGCCUGCGUCUUUUAGGAUCGAAAGCUAUUCCUGUAAGAUGGCAGGCGACGAUAAGCAUAUGUUUAAGCAGUUCUGCCAGGAGGGCCAGCCCCAUGUGCUGGAGGCACUGUCCCCGCCCCAGACCUCAGGCCUCAGUCCCAGCAGACUGAGCAAGAGCCAGGGUGGUGAGGAUGAAAGUCCUCUAAGUGACAAGUGCAGUCGUAAGACCCUCUUCUAUCUGAUUGCCACCCUCAACGAGUCCUUCCGGCCAGACUAUGACUUCAGCACAGCCAGAAGUCACGAAUUCAGCCGGGAGCCAAGCCUCCGCUGGGUGGUAAAUGCGGUCAACUGCAGCCUGUUUUCAGCUGUUCGGGAAGACUUCAAGGCCCUGAAGCCACAGCUGUGGAAUGCAGUGGACGAGGAAAUCUGCUUGGCUGAAUGUGACAUCUACAGCUAUAACCCAGAUCUAGACUCCGACCCCUUUGGGGAAGAUGGAAGCCUCUGGUCAUUCAACUACUUCUUCUACAACAAGCGACUUAAACGAAUUGUCUUCUUUAGCUGCCGCUCCAUCAGUGGCUCCACCUACACACCCUCAGAGGCAGGCAACGCCCUGGACUUGGAACUGGGGGCAGAAGAGGUUGAUGAAGAGAGUGGAGGUGGAGGUGGAGGUGGUGAGGGCAGGGCGGAGGAGACCAGCACCAUGGAGGAAGACAGGUGUGGCGGAGGUGGCUGUGGCCAUGGCCCUAUCCUCGGGAGCCUGGAAUGGGUGGAGUAGAUUAGGGUUCCUUUUGCCUGGCCUGGUUGCUAUCUCCUAAAGGCCUACUGUGUGCCAACUUCUGCCUAGGGUUCCAGUGAUAUGUAUGUGAUGAGAAGAAGCGGAGGGCCCAGCUUUCCAGCUUCGACCAGUGCCUGGACCUGUCUACCCGAGGAGCUCCAGAGACUCCCCAGAUGCCGGCUACGCCUUGGCACUGCCUAAGGCUAUACCUGCCUAGCCCUUUGGUUUCAGCCUGUGGAUGUCCACUCACCCCUGCAGGCUCCUACUGCCCAUGCUGUGGCUGGAUCAAGCAGCACGGGGUCUGAUAGAAAAAGUGACUGCUCUGCACCAACGGUCUGUCACAGACAGGACAGCUGGACCACAGAGUUUAUUUUUGUAUUUCUUAUUGGGCCUGUACACUCCAGCUCUAAGGGCCAGUAGUUUGAAGGCCCUAUAAGUGGUGCCCAGUGUUUAUGGGGUCUGGUCUUUGACCAACCCCUGGUGCCCACUUUUGCCCCCCACUUCACCAGGUGGGACACAUGCACUGAGUGUCACUUUGCUGCAGCUCAUUUGUUUCCAAUAAAAGUUUCUGUGACUUA